AUGGCUUGCCAUGAGAGGCUCGCAACCAAAGUUAGACUGAAGCGUUUAGGACUGUUGCAAGAGGAUCAAUGCAGUCUUUAUAAUGAAGCUGCAGAGGACAUUAAUCACUUGCUAUUUUCCUGCAUGAUAACCCAUGCCAUUUGGAAAAGUGUUCUUGAGUGGCUUGAGCUGGAGCAUGUUCCUCUCCAAUGGAAAGAGGAGAUUACAUGGAUAGAAAGGCACACAAAAGGGAAAGGAUUUAUUCACAGUACGUUGAAGAUAGCUAUAGCCGAAACUGUGUAUGGUGUUUGGAUGUACAGAAAUUCAAGGAUAUUUGAUGCUAAUGCGUUGACAAAUCACACGAAAAUAGUUAGAAACAUUAUUGAUACUAUAUUGUAUAGGGGAUGGAUGAGAACAAAAUAUAGAAGUAAACUUGCACUACUUAUGAUGUAG